AUGUCGCUCUCAGAGGAGAAAAAGAAAGCUUUACAGCAAUACAAGAAUGAUGAUGGCCAUUUCUCCCUUGUCCGUAAUUUCCGACUCGCCGACUUGAUCACCAUCAUGAACGGAGUGUGCGGUACACUCUCCAUCCUUUCCUCUGCUCGAUACCUAAUCUUAGCAUCUAACCUCAAGACUCCCCCUGCCGAGGCCAUCUCUACACUCUACUUCGCACACUUGCUUCCAAUCUUGGGAUUCGGGUUCGACGCUUUAGACGGGAAAGUAGCUAGGUGGAUGGGUGGAGGAUCAAUGUUAGGUCAAGAGAUGGAUUCCUUAGCCGAUCUAGUUUCUUUCGGUGUAGCCCCCGCAACUCUCGCUUUCACUUUAGGUCUCAGAACACCUUUGGAUACUUUGGCUUUGUUGUUGUUCGUUUCAUGUGGAUUGGCAAGAUUGGCAAGAUUCAACGCUACCGUCGCUCUCAUCCCUUCGGACGCUUCUGGUAAAUCAAAGUACUUCGAAGGUCUUCCUAUCCCCUCGAGUCUAUUUUUGACUUCCCUGAUGGCCUUUUGGGUUAAGAAAGACUGGUACGCCGGUGGCCAACAUGGUUUGUCGGAUGUACCAUUCGGUAAAGUUCUGUUGUGGGGUGAUAAAGGUGGUUAUGGCGAGGUUCAUGUAGCCGCUGCUAUCUUUGCGGUCUGGGGAGCUAUGAUGGUCAGUAAGACCUUGAGGGUGAGUUGA